CUUUAACAAAAUACUGAGGCAAAAUACAAAAUUUAAUGGGAAUAUUGUCAUUUAUUCCAAAAGUAAAUAGAUUCAGUUAUUGCACUAGAGAUUUGAAAUGUGCAUGUGUCAUUAUUAUCUUUAUAGGCAUGCUUUCAAGUAUGCACACAGCAAGCUUGCUAUGUUUGCCGCAUUGUAGGUCUCUCUUCGAAGCAUCUAGCUUUGUAAAAAUUCCUACAAAUAUACUAAGAUGGCUAUUAUUCGUGUGCGAGCUUAUAAUAAUUGCAAAUUGUUUUGCAUUUCUACUUGGCAUUUUUAUGAAUUAUCGACAAAUAUAUGCCGAUUUAUUAAUAAUAAGUGCAAUAGUGACGUCACUAAUAUCCGUCCCGUACGCAGUUCUUAUGGUAAUACAGGAACAAUACACUGAUUGUCGCUGGUACUACUCACAAAUAUUCCAUUUGAUACUUUAUUUUUUCAUGUGGGGAUACUUUAUCGUCAUUGUCAACUCUUACGAAGGAUAAACAUAGGAAAUAAAGAUUUAACAAUUAUCGAUUUUAUUCAUUUUAACUUGCUUUAUUCAAAU